CUCGUGGAAUGGGCAAUAUAUUUUCUAUAGUAGUGCACGGUUCGCAGGUAUAGGGUUUGUGGUUUAUGUACACCAUUGGCAGCGAGCCCCCUGUGCUGUUUGGUUUGUCCAAAACCAUCUCGUCGGCGCAGAAGCCAGCAUGUCCACGCUCGGGAGCGGCAGUAUUGGCUCAGUGCCCAGCGCGUCGGCGCCGGAGGUGGAAGGCCAAUGGGCGCCGCACGGCGCGGUACUGACGGCCUGCGUCGUGGGCAUCAACGUGCUCGUGGUCCUCUUCAUCUUCGGUUUCUUUUGGCGGUUCUUCUCUGGGAAAGGGGGGCUGUCCGCGUCAGACCGCGCCGACGACGAAGGCGACGACUCGCUGCCCGUGGCCUCCGCGUGGGCGUCCCGCCACCGGCACGAGGACUUCGGUGGGCAGCAGACAACGCAGGUGGAAGACGUGGCGUCGUCCCUGCCCGUGUCCGUGUACACCAGCGCCGGCGCCGAGGAAGGAGGGAAGGCUCCCGAGUGUGCGAUGUGCAUCCUGGAGCUAAACGACGGCGACUCGGUCCGCGUCCUCCCGCGGUGUGGGCACCGGUUCCACGCCGACUGCGUGGGCUUGUGGCUGCGACUCCACAUUACGUGCCCGCUGUGCCGCGGCAGAGUCGUGGGCUCGUGGCCCCCGCCGAGGUGGCCAUCGCUGAUAAGUGAUAACUCCAUGAACGCCAAGAACGACGACGACGUCGCCGCGGAUUGCUCCGUGUGAGGCGGCGCUCCGACGCCCGACCGAGUCGAGGACAGGUCGCUCGCUUGAUCUGAGAGUGCAUGGUGAGCAAGAAAGUGGUGGACCACGUGCAUGGCGGAAGGUGACAACUGAAAACCAGCUUUCAGCUAGGUCGCCGUCCAUAUCCAUGUCGCUUAGCUCCAGGUGACCAGCUAGAAAAGAUUGGUGAGGCGAUCAAUUCCUUCGUCAUGUUCUUCGUAUUGUGUGUGGUGUGUAUGUAUAUUUCUGCAUGGUUUUUAGUUUUUGGGAUUAGAGAUGUCGAGUGGUAUGUAUAUCUUAUUGAAUGGAGUCUUUCUC